AUGAACGCACUGCAGCAUGCGCUCCCCGCGCUCGUCCAGCCCCAACAGCUGGCGCUGGUGUCCGUGGCGGGCCUCCGCGUGCUCUCCGCGGCGGCCGCGAGCCAGCGCGCGGCCGCGGCGGCCGUGGAGACGCCGGUCACGGCGCCGGACAGCUCCGCCAAGCACAUUGACGCCGCCAAGCUCACGCUCUCCAAGCGCGUCGGCACUUCCCUCCUCGGGCCAGGAUUCCUCCGCCGCAUGUUCCUCCGCCAGGUGAACAAACGGAUCAUUUCGCGCCUCAGCCGGCGCCUGGCGAUUGGCAUCCCAGUCUUCGGCGUGUAUCUCGCGUUCAAGCUCGGGUACAAGGACAUCCAGCGCAUCGGCACGGAGAACGAGGCCGGGAAGCCGGAAGCGGCGCGCGCGUUCGCUGCGUGCGUGGGCCUCGACGGGGUGGACGCGGUGGCGCAGACGCUGCUCCUGUUCAACCUCACGAACUCCGUCCUCCUCCACAUGGACAGCCUCGCCGUCCCGAUGCCGUUCAUCCAGGCGCUCGACAAGGUCGCCAUCGCGUGUGGCGUCGCGUCAUGCUUUAUGGGGCUGUACGGGGAGUUGGUGAGCGUGGAGGGUUGGUGGCGCAAGGACGCGCCCGCGACGCCGGCCGAGCGCGGCCUCGCGGCGAUGGGCCUCGAGCGCGGCCAGAUCCUGGACGUCGCCAGCCAGCAGCAGUGA